UGAUUCGUAUGUUUAACAGUUUAAGAGAAGAAAUCAAAGGGACGAAAAAAAACCAAAGUAAAGUGCCUUAAUAAUACUCUGUCACGUCUGAGUAAAUGAAGAAUCUCGUGCAUGCCAACUUUGACAAGAAAAUAUAGCAGUAGCUAAAAUCAAAGUGAUCACAGCCUAUUAUGAUGCAUGUGAAGAUCUGCUGUUUCUUCUCAGAUAUUCCCUCUUAGAUAACUAUAGAAACAAUAUAGUUUUUAUUUAAAAAACAGUAACUAUAGUUUAACCAUGGCAUUUGUAUUAAAACUAUGGUCAUUUAAAUGGUUAUAAUGAAAAGCAUUGUUACUUCACUUGUACUAUACUAAAGCUAUAGGGUUACCUCACUUUUACUCUACUAAAACAAACUUGUUGCAACACUUUUAUACAGUAUUAAAACAACUAAAAACAGAAUUUUUCUGUGAAUAGUUGACAAGUAGAUCAAACAAAAAAGUUGACUGCUCUUCUAUCUUAAAUGAAUCCUAAUGUGGCCUUUAAUAAACGUGUUAAUGAACUUGUGCUUCAUUCUCACCAUUCUGAAUUAUGUGCAUUAAUAAGGAGUUAUCACAAACUAAGACUGUUUAUCUAUCGUACAAUCAAUAAUAGUAAGUUAAAGUGUCGCCGAUGUAACCAGUUCAUUAAAUUGAACAUCAUGAUCUCUGUAUAUUUAGUGUAUCAACAUUUAUUUUUAAUGAGGGGUGUUUGUGUGAAUUUAAUUCUGUUUAUUAAUGAAGAUUUCUUUGAUUUAUGCUGUUAUCAGGUUGAAAAGAGCUCAGUUUUCUAAUGUAGCCUAUCUGCUGAUGCUUUAUAAAGAUGUUGUAACUCAUGCUGGCGGAUGUUCAUAUCUUGUUCAUCAACGGUUUAAUUUCUUAAAGAGUCGUUUCUGUUUUUCACACAAACCUGCUUUCAUUUCAGCUGUAAUGUGUAAGAAAACAUAGACUCGAGACAAAAGUUUUCAUCUUUCCUCAACAGCAGUGACCGGUUACAUAAACAUAGCUGUGUCUUAAGAAUGAGUGUGACUAACUAGCAAUUAGUAAGGGCUAAUCAGUCUUAUUAUUUGGAUUUUAAUUAGACCAAUCUAUCUUUCUAUGUAACAUACUUAAAACAGUUAUGAUCAGUCUUGAAGAAAAAAAUUCAUGAGUAAGUUUUAAGGCUAGUCUUAAAGGUUUAUGCAGCCGGCCACAGCUAGGUUUUUAUUUUAACCCUUUGUAAACGGUAGAUGUUUCUGUUGUAUUGAGUAAGUUCCAGGUUAGAUGGAAGGGAAAUGUUGAAGGAAGUGUUGUUCUGAUGUUAUCUGUGUUCCUCUGAGAAACGGUGAGAGUUUUAAAGCAAACUUCUGUUCUUCUGUUCCUGCGUGAGCUCAACACAAACACUGGACAAUUGAUUGUGCUUGUUUAGUUUUUAGAUGUAAAAUGAGUCGCAUAGGAGUUGUGUGUUUGCUGAUCUCUGUGUGUUGCUGUGAUUUAUCUUUAAAGAGAAACACACAGCGUCUCAACACUCGAGAGCUGACUGUGAGUACAAGUAAACUAAAGCAUUGUGAGAAGCAGAAGAACGUCUGUGUGAUGUCCGCCUCUGACUGUCUCUACACAGCGUCUGAUGGAAAGCCUGAAGGUCUCAGUAGAUCUGACAUGAACUUUGUGAACACAUCGUGUCAUUUUCUGAUGGACGAGGAGUCUCUCACGUGCAGCUGGAUUCAGCUGAAUGAUAUCAGAAGCAUCAACACCUUCAUUAUCAGCAAAGCGCGAGACAUCAUCUCCUGUCCUGCAAUUUUAAGUAUUCUUUCUAUUUUCAAUUUAACGAUCAAAUCAGUGAAUCUCAUCGAUCAGAGAGAGAUCUUCUCAGACGUCUAUGAAGUCAAUCUAAGUGAAAUCAUUCAGGCUCCUCAGCCGGUCAUCAGAUUUGUCAACAGCACAGACACUUCACUAAAUGUCACCUGGAGCAGCGGUGUACACAAAAUCACACAAUGUCAAAUCCGUCUCAGCGCAGCAUCAUGGAGAGAGAUGUUCUCAGUGUCUGAUGUCUCAAAGGAGUCUCUAUACAUCAUCAAUGAUCUUCAGCCGUACACUGAAUACAGUCUGAGGGUUUCCUGCUCUUACGGCUUCGGUCAAUGGAGUAAAUGGAGCUCUGAAGCUCGAGCGACGACAUCAGAGAGCGUGCCGAUCGCAGCUCCUCUGCUCAGUUAUUAUUUAAUCUUGGACAGAAAUUCAGGAACUCAGCAGCUGGGAAUUCUCUGGAAGGCUCUGGAUAGAUCAGAUGCUCGAGGGCUCAUUCAAGGUUAUGAAGUUUCUUACGCGCCCAGCAAACAUCUCGCUCGCAGGAAAACCAUCCACACGUCUGAUCUUAAGAUGCUUGUGUCUGUAAUGUCAGAGGAGUAUGACGUCACCGUAUCUGCCUAUAACAGCGCAGGACGAUCACCCGGCCGACGACUCCGAGUUAAUGCAGCUCUUCAUCAUGAUGUUCCUGCAGUGAAAGGUCUUUGGGUUUCUUCUGAUGGUCUUUUACUGAAGUUACAUUGGGAAGUUGAUGUGACUGCAGUAAAUGUGAGCGAGUUUGCCAUUGAAUGGAGAUCAUCUUCAGAUGUGUCCUCCAGCGGAUGGAUGCGUGUGAACGCCUUCACGUUUACUGCACUUCUGCCAGAUAUUAAAUCAGGAGAGACGUACAGCAUCAGUGUUUAUCCGAUUCAUGAGUAUCUGUGUGGAGCACCCGUCUCUGUCCUCGCUGAUCUACAACACGGCACCCUGCUGGAUCUGCUGGGCUUUCAUCUCAUCACUUUGACUAAAUCCUCUCUGACGGUCAAAUUUGUGUGGAAAGAGACGCAGCCCAACAUUAAUGUUCUUUACUACAAACUGGUGCUAAAGGGAAAACAUCAAACACGAUACCUUACAGUUUUUCCACAUAAAGCACAGGAGUUAUUCAAUGAUCUUCAGGCAAAUGCCAAAUACACACUUUAUAUUCAUGGAGAAACUGUAAGUGGGAAUUUUUCAAAGGCAACUUUAGAUGUUACCACACCUCUUCUAGAUUAUGAUGAGAUUAUUAAAUGUUGUGUUCCUCUGGUUCUCCUGGUUCUUGGCUUCGGGUUCUUCUCUGUUUUAACCAAGACUGUGUGUAAACAAUACUUCUUCCCAAACGUUGCCAACCCUGGUUAUAGUCUGAUAGGUCACUGGUUACUCAACGCUCCUUUUGAGGAGAACAGCAAGAUUUGUGUGCUGAGGCUGGAAAAUGUUUUUACGGUUGAGCAGCAGACGGAGAAGAACAUCAUCCACGUUGAACGUCGCAUGUCUUCAGUUGCAGAAGAUGAAGUGAUUUCAUCAAAGAUCUGCACAACCAGUGAAGGUACAACUCACAGAUCCAGAUCAGAUUAUGUAGAAAACAUAUCAGGUCCCUCGAAUCCACCCGACUACAAUGAUUUACCCGUAUUAACUGCUAACCUGGAUUAUGUUCACAAUGAAGAAAUCAUCUGUGAAUCUGUGAGAUGUCCUCUGUCUGAACCAUGAGAAACUCAGGAUGAGAUAUUGAUCAUUGGUCUCAUCUACAGUAAUGAAUCUCUAGCAUCAUGUGUGUGUUUAAUGGACUCCACGAAUAUCUUGUGUUGAUAAUAAUAAUCAUCAUGUGUUGUAUUACAAAAUGACUGUAAAGUAUUACAUAACCACACAGUGUUUUCUGAUUGCAACAGACGCUGGACUCUUUUGUUAAAACUUGUUUUAUACUCAGUCAUUUUUCAAAUAGUUUAAAGAUUAAAGUGAAUUUGAAUUAACGCAGUCUGUGUAUCAACUGUGCAUCAU